AUGGGACCCCAACGUGCUGUCACGUGGUGGGAUAAUGGCUUGUUGCGCAAAAAGCCACGUGCCCGAAAGAGGAAACGGCUCGCUCACUGCCUGGUUUGUGUCUCUCUCUCUCCUGCUGCAAUUCGCUCACCCCGCCCCGCCCCGCCCCAGGUGGAGUCUGCCUACAGCGACAGCGGGUUGGAUGCCUCAUUCUUUGUGGAAAGCACUAGGAAAGGAAGCAUAGUAUCCCGAGCCAACAGCAUUGGCUCCACCAGUGCCUCCUCGGUCCCCAAUACAGAUGAUGAAGACAGCGAUUAUCGCCAGGAAACCUACAAAGAGUCCUACAAGGACCGGCGCAGACGUGCCCACACUCAGGCUGAGCAGAAGAGACGAGAUGCCAUCAAGAAAGGCUACGACGACUUGCAGGCCAUUGUCCCCACGUGCCAGCAGCAGGACUUCUCCAUCGGCUCCCAGAAACUGAGCAAAGCCAUCGUCCUGCAGAAGACCAUUGACUACAUUCAGUUCCUCCACAAGGAGAAGAAGAAGCAGGAGGAGGACGUUUCUACCCUCAGGAAAGAUGUCACAGCUUUGAAGAUCAUGAAAGUAAACUAUGAGCAGAUUGUGAAAGCUCAUCAGGAUAAUCCGAAUGAGGGGAAAGACCAGGUCUCUGACCAAGUCAAGUUUAAUGUUUUCCAAGGCAUUAUGGAUUCACUGUUCCAGUCCUUUAAUGCCUCCAUCUCGGUAGCAAGUUUUCAGGAACUUUCCGCGUGUGUCUUCAGCUGGAUUGAGGAGCAUUGUAAGCCACAGACUCUGCGCGACAUCGUGCUGGGGGUUCUGCAUCAGCUGAAGAAUCAGCUCUACUGACUGUUGUUCCUGCCCGGGUCCCAGCAGCCUGGGCCUGUGUCCUUCACCCAGACAGCUGCAGAGCACGGCCCAACUGGGAAACAGGCUCCAGGAAUAGCUGGUCUAUUUCCCUUGUGGUUGUUCUUAAAGCUUCUCUCUGGAUUAUUUAUUGUAUUGGCCAAAACCAAAACUAGGCUGUACAUACCUCUCCACAGACCCUGUCGCAGUCUGUAGCACCAGAGGGUCCGUAGGGACUCGGCAGAGAAGGGAAUUUAAAUGUGGAUUAAAUACACUUCUUAUUGCCGAGAAGGAAGGAGGGGGAGGGUCUCACCAAACUGGCACAGCAGCAACUAGGCCUUUCCUGCGCCUGACUCCCUACAGUGGUGGCGGGUGCUCAGCACUUUGCUGCCUGGCCUGCUCUGGGCAGAGGGAGAGGGGAAUGGCCUGCAGUCUGACUACUGCCUGUGAGGAUGCAGGGCCUGGAAACCACAGAGCCUGGCUGGGAGCUGCUGAACACGGCUGGUUUCAGGCUAUGCACUUGCUGACAUUGCAUCACCCCAUGGGGCUGUGAAUGGCAGCAGGGACUGUGGCCCAGCAACAGGCAGGGAGACCUCUCUUCCCCCACCCUAUUAAAGAGCUCUGGCUGAGCUAUAAACCCUCCUGCACCAGGCUACACACUGACCUCUACCAACGGGGCUUAGGAAGAAGUGUCCCUUGGACAGGUUUCCCACCCUUGCAGGAUUUCUUGAACCUGUCUCUGAAGCAGCUGGUUCUAGUUACCGAUGAGACGGGUUCGGGACUAGUGAUUCUGGUGUGUCCCAAUCACCUCAUCCUGCCUAGGGACGGACGGCUGCUUGUUUCCCUGGUGCAGAAUGACUUUCAAAAAGGCAUGCCAAGGAAGCAGGCCCAUCACUGCCACAUGGAGAGGUGAGGAACAGUGUCAAAGGGACUCUCGCACAGAUGACAAUAGCUUUGGCCUUGGCUUGAGCCAGCUGCUGCCUUGGCCUGACUCUUGCCCCGGGUCCUAAACAAUUGCAGAUGAAUGCAGCUUUCUUUACAGGCUUCUCUAGCUUUAUCGGCACAGAGGCUGAUCUGUCGGGCUUUAUAUUACUUGGCACUUACAAUGAAGUCAUACUGUCUGGGAAAGUAGAAUAGUGUAGCACAGACUAAUUAGACGUCUCCUCUUGUUUAGAACUAUAUAGUUUUAUAUAUAAUAAAGCCUUGAUUUUUGUAAUGAAUUGAAAAAAAAAUCACACUAACCUGCUAUCAGUUUACAUUUUGCAGACAGCUGCUUGUCUGGGACAAUUUAAACCAGCUACACCCUGAUUCUUUCUUUAGCACCCCAGAAAUCUUAACAGCAACAGGCAGCUGUCCGCUAAAGCAGCAAUGGCUUUUUACUACUCAGACAAGGUGACGCUAUUGGAAUUACUCCACCAAAGUGAAUCUCUUACUACAUUAUUUGUUCAUUUCCAAUUAUGUGCCCACACCUCUAAAAAUCCAGUGAGAGUGGCUGUUGUGCAUUUCCUUCGGUGGUCGUUUCUUAGUGCUGGCUGUUUGCCUUUCAAACGCUGAGGCAUAAAGUUUUAACUGACGUUUUCCAUGUAACCAAGGAAAUGUUCCUGUUGGUCUUGGAUUUUAUAAAAGAAAACACUUCCACAGAGCACCUCAGUCAGUGCAAAUGCAGCAGACAGCCCCCAGGAAGUCCAAGCAUUUAUUUGCAGCAACAUGUCUAACGCUGAAGUGAACUGCACACACCAGGGGCAGCUACUGCUCAGGCAGUUCAAGCUCAGACACAGAACUCUUGUAAGAGGUUGCUUGGCUGUCAGGAAAGCACCCUGUUUGCAGAAGCAAAAGCCUGUGCUGUUUACUAAUAAGUGGCAUGUGCAUUUCUCCAAGGGCAUUGCUUUUUACAGACCUCACUCAGGGGGAAAGGAAAUAUUUUUCUAUCUUGGAAAGUAAUUAUAAUAAAUUUUUGCUAAGCAUUGUAAAA